AUGUCGAAGUUAUUGACGCCUCUUAAGGUCGGACGCCUGACGCUGAACCAGCGCAUGGCUAUGGCCCCGAUGACUCGCCUUCGAGCCGAUACUUCUCAUCUUCUCUUGCCAUCGGUCAAAGAAUAUUAUCAGCAACGUGCCAGUGUACCGGGAUCUCUCCUCAUCGCUGAAGCUACCGUCAUCAGUCCUAGACAUGGUGGCUAUAGCAACGUCCCCGGGAUAUUCAACGACAAACAAAUAGCGUCGUGGAAGGAAAUCACCAAGGCAGUCCACGACAAGGGAUCCCAUAUUUUUCUGCAGCUCUGGGCUCUGGGCCGUGCGGCAAAUCCUGGCUUCAUGGCGCAAGCCGGUCACGAACUGGUUUCUGCCAGCGAUGUUCCGAUGAAGAGUAUGUUCGGGGACGAGAUGCACUACCCUGUUCCAAUGACAGAAUCAGGUAUCCAAGAUGCCAUUUCGGAUUUUGCAGCCGCGUCGGAAAAGGCCAUGACGGCUGGUUUUGAUGGCGUGGAGAUACAUGGUGCGAAUGGAUAUUUGAUCGAUCAAUUCCUCCAAGAUGUUUCCAACAAACGGACCGAUAAGUGGGGUGGUAGUGUCGAGAACAGAUCCAGACUUGCUGUGGAAGUGACCAACUCGGUGGUCAAGGCAAUUGGCAAUGAUCGCACGGCGAUUCGGUUGAGUCCCUGGAGUCAAUAUCAAGGAAUGCGCAUGGAAGACCCUGUUUCUCAAUUCUCAGAUGUGGCCCAACGACUUGCGGAAUUAAAGCUGGCAUAUUUGCAUGUUUGCGAGUCAGAGGGAGAGCCCAAGGAGACUAUCGAUUGGUUGCUCCAGGCCUACGGCGAUGCGAGCCCUAUUUUGGUGGCGGGGGGAUAUGAUGGGGAAUCAGCUCGCAAGGCUGUGGACAUCACGUAUAAAGACUAUGACGUUGCUGUGAGUUUUGGUCGUCCCUACAUCUCAAACCCUGACUUGGUGUUCCGGGUCAAGCAUGGUCUUCCCCUCGCGUCUUUGGAUCCGGCGACGAUGUAUGGACAAAUGUCGGAGGGCUAUAUUGAUUACCCUUUCAGCGAACAGUUCCAGGCCGAGACUCCUGUGUGA